AUGACCGAUAUUUUAUUAUGGGCUAAUCAACAUCGAAGAGUUAUUAAAAAAGAAACGAUCCUUGGAUUUGAGGCAUCCGGUAAAAUUUUGGAAAUAGGUCGAUUGGCACAGGAGAAAGAAAAUUUUUACUGGGGCGAAGAGGUGUUGAUACAUAACUAUCCGAUCGUUGGUGCAUUAGCAGAAACUUGCAUUGCUCAUUACAACAACGUGUUUAAACUCGGGAGAAAGAAGAAAUUAUCAAUGAAAAAUGCUGCGAUUUUGACGGACGAUUAUUUUUCACCAUUCUUAAUAUUCGGUCGUCGAAGUAAAUUAAACGAGGACGAGUAUAUUCUAAUUAAUACAAAUUUGGCAUAUUCGGCAUUAGCAGCUAGUGAUAUCGCGGCAUAUGUCUUUCAUGCUAAGCCAAUUAUAGCAUGCAAUUGUUUAACAUCGUUCAAUCAUAGCAGUGGUGCUAUUGCAAUUAUCGAUCGAAGUAAAUUGAGCGACGAAUUAGAACGAAUUACUGGCAAGAGAGAAGUUCGUUUAAUCAUCGAUACGAUUGGUGGAAAACAUUUCGCCACUCUACUUAAAUGUUUGCAACACGAAGGAAUAGUUGCUGUUCUCGAUUACGCAAGAGAUUCCAAGUAUUCUUAUCGAUAUAUAUUCCCAUCGAAUUAUACUUUCUUAGCAUUGGCAAUAGAACAUUAUAAAAACAACGAUCCCUUUAUAUAUAGAGAGACCAUGCAAAAUUUAUUGAAUUAUCGAAUAGAAGGUACGAUCUAUCCACGUGUAUCAGCCAUAUUUGGAUUGAAUAAUAUAAAUAAGGCGUUUGAAUACGGCGCCAAAUUGACUCGAGGAAAAAUAUUGAUAGAUCUUAAAAAUCAUGACAAAUAUCAUAUAUGCGAAUCUUAACCGAUCGAUUUGUUCCAUUUCAACCAAAAAGAAUAUAUAUAAUAAGAAUAAAUAAUAAUGUUAUAAACGUAUUGAUCGUUCAUUUUUUC